AUGGCCGGAACAGGGAAGUCAACCAUUUCCCGAACAGUCGCAAGAUCUUUAGAAAAGAGUCUACUGUUAGUGAGCUUUUUCUUCAAGAAAGGUGAGGGUGAUCGAGGCAAUGCCACCAAACUCUUUCCCACAAUUUCCAGGCGAUUAGCGAUUUCCAUUCCCGAUCUGGCCGUGGGCCUUAGGGAAGCACUCUCUAUUGAUCCCGAUAUCCCAAUGAGAUCACUGAGAGAACAAUUUAAAAGACUCCUGCUUCAACCUUUGCAAGGCUUACAGACAGCGAGCUCCCAGAUCCCGGCAAUAGUCUUGAUCAUAGAUGCUCUGGAUGAAUGCGAAAAUGACAAUGAUAUACGCCUUAUACUUCAACUUCUACCGCAGGUGCAGCAGAUCACUGCUAUUCAACUUCGUAUUUUCUUAACGAGCCGGCCUGAAAUGCCAAUUCGCCUUGGGUUUUCAAAGAUGGCAAAUCAUGACUAUCAAGAUAUUGCUCUCCAUGAGAUCCCUGAUGAAGUUACUUCGCAUGACAUAUCUAUUUUUCUCAAAGACCGGUUCAAGAAGAUUCAAGAUGAGAAACAUGUUCCUACUAGUUGGCCUGGGGAGGACAUGAUUCAAUCUCUUGUUGAAAUCUCCGUUCCAUUAUUUAUCUCAGCAGCAACUAUAUGCCGAUUCAUAGAGUUGAAACUCAAUCCUAUGAGAUGUCUUGCUGAUCUUAUGAAAGAUCAAACCAAGUAUGUCACCAAAAUGGACAAGACAUAUCUACCAAUUCUCAUGCGACUUCUACAUGGACAAGAAGACGAGGAAGAUGCCAGUGAGGUUCUUCAAUUGUUCCAUCAAGUGAUUGGCCUUAUAAUUCUUCUUGCUAUCCCACUUUCUGUCAAUGCACUUUCAAGACUUCUUGAGCUUGAGGCAGAGGUUUUAACAAAUCUACUAGAUCAGUUUCAAUCUGUUCUCAGUCUGCCAAGUGACCAGAAUAUUCCUGUUCGAAUCCUUCAUCUUUCAUUCAGAGAUUUUCUGCUUCAAACUAGCAGCGAAUUCUCCGUGAAUGAGGAGCAUACUCAUAGAGAGAUCAUGAUUCGUUGCCUUACUUAUAUGCGUCUGAAACUGAAGAAAAACAUCUGCAACCUUGAAAGCGCUGGAACUGAAAGAACUGAAAUCGACCCGGUGUUGACCACUCAGUGUCUACAGCCAGAGCUACAUUAUUCCUGUCGGUACUGGAUUCACCAUCUGGAAUACUGUACUGAUCAAGGCCACAUGCUUAACCAGGCACUCCUGUUUCUUGAAGAACACUUCCUUCAUUGGAUAGAAGCAAUGAGUUUGCUAGGUAUUGUAUCAGAAGUUGUUGAGGUGAUCGACAUCCUUCGAAAAAUUGCAGAAAAGGUUAACCACCAUUCACCAAUCCUUGAUUUUAUACAUGAUGCAAAGCGAUUCGUUCUCAAGAACUAUCAGAUAGUCGACAAAGCACCCCUUCAACUUUAUUGUGCAGGGCUAGUGUUUGCACCUGAGACUGCGAUCAUUCGCCAAAUAUUUCAAGCAGAGCUUCCUUCUUGGAUAGAACAUUCCCAGAAAGUUGAGAAACAAUGGAGCGCAGAAUUACAAACACUCGAGGGCCAUUCAGGUAAGGUUCUCUCAGUGGCCUUCUCGCCUGACGGCCGGCUGCUGGCAUCUGGUUCUGCUGAUAAGACUGUGCGUCUCUGGGACCCAAUAACAGGUGCCUUGCAGCAGACGUUUGAUGGCCAUUCCGGUGAGGUUCUCUCAGUGGUCUUCUCCCCCGACGGCCGGUUGCUGGCAUCUGGUUCUGCUGAUAAGACUGUGCAUCUCUGGGACCCAAUAACAGGCGCCCUAAAUCAGACACUCGAGGGCCAUUCAGGCGGGGUUCUCUCAGUUGCAUUCUCGCCCAACAGCAGGCUAUUGGCAUCGGGCUCUCGUGGCAAGACCGUACUACUCUGGAAUAUCAUAACAGGUACUUCACGACAGGUGCUUGAAAAUAAUUCUAUGUGCAUUGACUCGGUGGCUUUCUCUCCCGAUGGUCAGUUUCUUGCGUGUGGCUGUGGGGAUCAGCAAAUACGACAUGGGGGAUCAGUGCUACUCUGGGACCUGACAGCAGAUACUCUAGAACGAAAAUUUGACUUGUAUUCGGCUGGGGCUGGAAUGGUUGCUUUUUCGCCUGACGGCGCUUUACUUGCAUCUGGUUCUGAGGGCGAAGCUGUACGGCUCUGGGAUUUAGCCACAUGUACACUGCAGCAGAGCAUUGACGGAAAUUUACUGGGGGACAAUGUAGUGGCUUUCUCUCCUGAUAGCCGACUGCUUGCGUCUGGUACUAGUGAUGGGGCCCAUAUAAUUGAUGCUGUUCGACUCUUGAACCCAGCUACAGGCGAACUACAGCAGAUGCUCAAGGGCCACUCUGAUGUGAUCUACUCAGUAGCCUUUUCACCUGAUGGCCGCCUGCUUGCAUCUGGCUCUGCAGAUCAGACUAUACGGCUCUGGGAUUUAACCAUGGACGCAUUCCAGAGGACUCUUACAGGUCAUCAGGAAUUGGUAAGUUCGGUAGUGUUCUCACCUGAUGGAUAUUUCUUGGCAUCCUGCUCUGAUCAACGUAUAUGCCUCUGGGACCGAGCAACGGGUACACUGCAGCGGAUACUUGAAGGCCAUACAGAAGCCGUCGAGUCCAUUUCUUUCUCACCUAACAGCUGUCUGCUCGUUUCUGGCUCUCUUGACAAGACACUACGCUUCUGGGACCCAGCCACAGGUAAACAUCAGCAGACACUCGAUAUUCAUGAAAUUUCGAACUUGAAUGAUCCAAUUGUUUUCUCACCAGAUAGUCAGCUAGUACUACUCUACAGUAAGAAAAUCAUACAGCUAUGGAAUAUAGCUACAGGUUCACUACAGCAGACACUCGAGAGCUCCCGGCCAGGUAGGCCUAAGUCAUUGCUCUUUUCACCUGAUAGCCAUCAGGUAGCAUCUGGUUGGGUGAAUCACAUUGUACAAGUCUGGGAUCUAGCUCAAGGCACAUUGAAGUACACACUUGAAGGCCAUUCAUCCGGGGUAACCUCGGUUGCAUUCUCAUUCGAUGGCCGCCUGCUUGCAUCCAGCUCUCACGAUGGUACCGUGCGUCUCUGGGAUCUAGCCACAGGUGCAUUGGAGCAAACACUCCAAGUUUCUCCAGCCACGAUUGAUACAAUGGCCUUCUCGCCUGAUGGUCAGCUUCUAGUAGCUGCUGGCCGUCGGCGUAGGACCAUAAAGCUGUGGAAUCUGGCCAAGGGUGUAUUACAGCAGACACUUGAGGGCCAUUUAGAUGGGAUUCUUUCAUUGGUCUUCCCCCCUGAUGGCCAGCUACUGGCAUCAAUCUCCAUUGGUCGAACUGUUCACCUUUGGAAUUUGGACACCGGCAAAUUACAGCAGUCACUUGCAGACGAUUCAGCUGAUUCUGGCUCACGAGUCUUCGAGGCCGACAGCCUUCCACUAGCCUUUUCACCGGACAGCCAGAUACUAGCAUAUGGGUCUCGGGAUCACGCUGUGCAUCUCUGGAACCCAGCCACGGGUACACUGCAGCGGACUUUCAGGGGUCAUUCAGACAUUAUCACCUCAAUAGUGUUUUCACCUAAUGGUGAGCUACUGGCAUCUAGCUCUGCGGAUCAGACCGUAUGUCUAUGGAAUAUAAGUACAGGUGCGCUACACCAGACGCUCAGGAGUGCCUCGGGUGCAAUUCGCUCAGUGGCUUUCGCAGCCGACAGCCAGCUAGUAAUAUCGGGCUCUCAGAAUCAGAGUAUACAGCUCUGGGACCUGGAUACAGAUACACUACAGCAAGCACUGGAAGACCAUCCAUCCAAGUACCAUACAAUGGCUUUCUCAUCUAGUACUGACAGCAUGCUGUUAGCAUCUGGUUCUGAAACUUAUACUGUGCACAUCUGGAAUAUAGCCAAAGGCAUUUUACAUCAGACACUUGAAGGCCAUUCAGCUAAGGUUAGUGCAAUAGCUUUCUCGCCUGAUAGCCAGCUCCUGGCUUCUGCCUCUUCCGACAAUACGGUACGACUGUGGGACUUGUCUACCGGCGCGGUGCAACAGAUACUCAAGGACCGUCUUCAUGCAAAUUGUUCCAAGCUUGAAUCAUUAGCCUUCUCACCUGAUAGCCAGCUACUGGCGUUCUCAUCUAGUGAUAGGACUAUAACGCUAUGGCACAUGGCUACAGACGCACUAACGCAGACGCGCCCGCUUCAUCAAAUUCCCCAAAAUAUUAGUUUCUCUCAGGAUGGGCUGUAUCUGACUACCAGUGCGGGUAUUCUCCAUGUUCAGUCUCAGUUUGAUAAUUCCAUACCUCGUUCACACCAGACACUGGAAAUAUUCAUCGACAAUGAGAACUGGAUAUGGAGGAAUAAGGAGAAGGCUGUAUGGCUUCCGCCUGAGUUUCGGCCUACAUGUUCUGCAGCUCAUGGCAGCACGCUUGCUUUAGGGCAUCACUCUGGAAAUGUUUCUUUUAUCAGAUUUGUCUCUUAG